AUGGUCCUCCACCUGCGGCCAGCGGUCAUCGUCAUGCUCAAUGGCCACAUCUCCUCGGACGCAGCCCAGGAUGGUUUUGCCUUGGCGCCCUAUUGGGAGCCAACGGCCGUAGAAGGCUUUUCCUUGGCUGUGGAGGAAGUGCGCCACGAUUCCGCCUCGGAGUGCUCCGUGCGGAUGCUGAAGUGUGAGCUGGGGGACAAGGUGUGGUCUGGGCCGCAGAUUGUGGUGCCUUGGUGGCGGGACCAAAGUGAGCCGCCCCUCCAAACCUUUCUUCAGCUCGAUCGAUUGAUGGACAGUUUUCUGACGCCCGGGACAAGUCCAUGUGUGCUGGUGCAUUGUGCUGGCGGCAUCGGCCGAGCCGGCGUCUUUGUGGCCGCCGAUGCCGGUGGCCGCGCAGCGGCGCGCGGCGAGGUGAGCUGCUGCAGUCCCGACAGGCUCAUCGGGCACUUGCGACAGUGCCGGAUGAACAUGGUGCAGACUGCCGAGCAGUAUGAGUUUCUUCACCGCGCUCUCCCUCUGCUGGCGAAGCAGAUGCGAGCUGCAAAGUAA